GUAAAUGUUAAUAUAUAUCGCUUACUCACCAGAUAUAGACUGGCGCUUCCGAAAAACUUCCAAUAAAGGCAAUAUAAAAUUUCAUUUAGUUUGAGAGCAAAAUACUGGCACGGAUUGUUUCAUUUCAGAAUGCAACUAAAUCUAUCCUCUUGGAUUGUCAUUUGGAGUAUCUUAGUUUUACCCGGCUCUGGAACUGACAUUUGCUCUUCAUCAUCAAUUACUUCAAGCAGUGGAUCAAUUACAUCUCCUAACUAUCCCAGAAGUUAUCCUGGUACAAGAACUUGUACCAUAACAAUCAGUCGACCUCUUAACUACAGAGUCAGGUUCAUCAUUUCGAACAUUAAUUUGAAACGAAUCAAUAAUGGCAGUCAGGUUUUAUGUUUGGAUUCACUUACCAUCUCUGGAGGAACAUCAAAACAAUUCUGUGGUAAUGAAACAUCUUCGACAUUUGUACCGUAUACCAAUGUUGUAACAUUGACUUUGAAGACAAGUGGAUUGGCACCACUAGAAGGAUUUUCUCUGCGAUUUACAAUUUUUCAUUAUAACAGCCAACCACCUGCGUUCAGUGUUUGUUCUAAAAAAACAAUAUCUAGUGACGCUGGUCGUAUUUACUCACCCGGAUUCCCCUUUGCCUACAACUCGAACUUAAGAUGUAGUGUUACUAUAAUGAUUCCUGAAGACAAAUCUUUGGAAGUUGUCCUUAACAUUAUUGACAUAUAUAGGUAUUAUUAUUACGAAGAUGGGUGUCAUGACGAAGAGUUGAUCAUCUCAGAUGGAACAUAUUCUAAUUCUACAUGUGGAAAGUCAUUUGUUAAUAGUCCUCCAAUUUUCUUUACUAAAGAAAAUAUUAAUGUCAGUUUUCGUUCUUCUUACUGGCGCAACAGAUUAUCAGGGUUUUUGUUGACAUUUAGAGUUGUUGAUGCAAUGGAUAUUCAAUGUACAUUUGAAAACGACCUGUGCAAUUUUACAAAGAUUGGAGGGUGGCAACGAGUUUCUGGAUCAUAUUUGGGUAACUUGUCAAUUGUCGAUCAUACUAUUGGCGAUGCCUAUGGUCACUUUGUCACUAUGGAAACAACUAGUCUUGAACGUCAGAAAAAUGGAACAGUUAAAAGGAACCUCUCUGCAAAUGGCAAUUUAGCAUGCUUGACCUACUGGUAUCGAAGCUUUAGUUACACAUUAAACAUUUUAAAGGUUUAUGUCAUCGGAAAUGGGAAAGAACUUGUCUUAGAGAAAAAGUUGUUGGGCAUAGAAACAUCUUGGAAAAAAGGCAACAUGACGAUUUAUGUAAACCGUAACAGUUUUUCUAUAAUUUUUGAAGCUAUGGUAAACUCAUAUCCUGGUCAUAUUGCUUUGGAUGAUAUUUUUGUUGACCUUGGCGAUUGUCUCAAUCCCGGUGACUGUAACUUUGAAAACGGAAUUAGUAACUCAAAAUGCCCGUGGAAAAAUGUUGGAUUUCCCCUCGAUGAUUACGAUUGGAUUGUCCAUUCUGGCUUCACACCAUACUAUGGUAGUGGUCCCAACUUUGACAGGAAAAGAUCCACAAUCGGAAAGUACAUUUAUAUGGGAAGAUAUUAUGGAUCUAUGGGUUCUAAAAGCUGGUUGGUUAGCGACUAUUUCAAUACAUCAGCAAAGUGUUUUACGUUCUGGUAUCAUAUGUAUGGAUCAACUGUUGGUUCCCUCAAUAUAUACGAGCAAUCUAUUGGAGAAGAAAUGAAACCUGUAUGGACUUUGAGUGGUAACAAAGGAAAUGUCUGGAUCAGGGGACAAGUAACAGUGAAUUUUGGUGUUGGAUUGAAAUCUAGGAUAAUCGUCGAAGGAGUUAGAGGAUUUACUAGCUCUAGUUAUAUCGCUCUUGACGACUUUAAAUUUUUUGAUGGACCUUGUGAUAUUCUUCCGCUUAAUGCAACACCUCCACGUUUUGGUAUCCCAAUCAAUAUUUGUCCAUCACGAACUAUUACACUGUCUAAAGGACAUAUUGUGUCACCAAAUUACUAUCCAUAUUAUUCUUUCUACGCAAGUUGCACAUUGACAAUCAGACAACCUCUUAACACAGUCCUCAACUUUAGCUUUUCGUACAUCUCUCUUGACUCCUUCGUAAGCGGUAAUCAAAAACGAUGCCGUGAUUCUCUCACUAUAUCUGGUGGAACUUCAAAACAAUUUUGUAAUAACAAGCGCUCCGUGACAUUUUCACCUUACACUAGUGUUGUGGUUUUGACUUUUAAUGCUCAUUUGAAUCAACGUUUUAAAGGCUUUGCUCUUGAAUUUACAUCAUCGAGAAAUAAGAGCCGACCACCUGCAUUUAGUGUUUGCUACAAUAAGACAAUAUACAGUGCUGUGGGUCGUAUUUACUCACCUGGAUUCCCAUUUGGCUACAACCCUAGUUUAACAUGCAGUGUUACUAUAAUGAUUCCUGAAGACAAAUCCUUGGAAGUUGUCCUUAACUUUAUUGACAUAUAUAGGUAUUAUUAUUACUACGAUGGGUGUCAUGACGGAGAGUUGAUCAUCUCAGAUGGAACAUAUUCUAAUUCUACAUGUGGAAAGUCAUUUGUUAAUAGUCGUCCAAUUUUCUUUACUAAAGAAAAUAUUAAUGUCAGUUUUCGUUCUUCUUACUGGCGUAACAGCUUAUCAGGCUUUUUCUUGACAUUUAGAGUUGUUGAUGCAAUGGAUAUUCAAUGUACAUUUGAAAACGACCUGUGCAAUUUUACAAAGAUCGGAGGGUGGCAACGAGUUUCUGGAUCAUAUUUGGGUAACUUUUCAAUUGUCGAUCAUACUAUUGGCAAUGCCUAUGGUCACUUUGUCACUAUGGAAACAACUAGUCUUGAACGUCAGAAAAAUGGAACUGUUAAAAGGAACCUCCCUGCACAUGGCAAUUUAGCGUGCUUGACCUACUGGUAUCGAAGCUUUGGUUACACAUCAAACAUUUUGAAGGUUUUUGUCAUCGGAAAUGGGAAAGAACUUGCCUUAGAGAAAAGGUUGUUGGGCAUAGAAACAUCUUGGAAAAAAGGCAACUUGACGAUUUAUGUAAACCAUAGUCGUUUUUCUAUAAUUUUUGAAACUAUGGUAAACUCAUAUCCUGGUUAUAUUGCUUUGGAUGAUAUUUUUGUUGACCUUGGCGAAUGUCUCAAUCCCGGUGACUGUAACUUUGAAAACGGAAUUAGUAACUCAAAAUGCCCGUGGAAAAAUGUUGGAUUUCCCCUUGAUAAUUUUGAUUGGAUUGUCCAUUCUGGCUCCACACCAUACUAUGGUAGUGGUCCCAACUUUGACAGAAAAGGGUCCACAAUCGGAAAGUACAUUUAUAUGGGAAGAUAUUAUGGAUCUAUGGGUUCUAAAAGCUGGUUGGUUAGCGACUAUUUCAAUACAUCAGCAAAGUGUUUUACGUUCUGGUAUCAUAUGUAUGGAUCAACUGUUGGUUCCCUCAAUAUAUACGAACAAUCUAUUGGAGAAGAAAUGAAACCUGUAUGGACUUUGAGUGGUAAUAAAGGAAAUGUCUGGAUCAGGGGACAAGUAACAGUGAAUUUUGGUGUUGGAUUGAAGUCUAGGAUAAUCGUCGAAGGAGUUAGAGGAUUUACUAGCUCUAGUUAUAUCGCUCUUGACGACUUUAAAUUUUUUGAUGGACCUUGUGAUAUUCUUCCGCUUAAUGCAACACCUCCACGUUUUGGUAUCCCAAUCAAUAUUUGUCCAUCACGAACUAUUACACUGUCUAAAGGACAUAUUGUGUCACCAAAUUACUAUCCAUAUUAUUCUUUCUACGCAAGUUGCACAUUGACAAUCAGACAACCUCUUAACACAGUCCUCAACUUUAGCUUUUCGUACAUCUCUCUUGACUCCUUCGUAAGCGGUAAUGAAAAACGAUGCCGUGAUUCUCUCACUAUAACUGGUGGAACUUCAAAACAAUUUUGUAAUAACAAGAGCUCCGUGACAUUUUCACCUUACACAAGUGUUGUGGUUUUGACUUUUAUUGCUCAUUUGAAUCAACGUUUUAAAGGCUUUGCUCUUGAAUUUACAUCAUCGAGAAAUAAGAGCCGACCACCUGCAUUUAGUGUUUGCUACAAUAAGACAAUAUACAGUGCUGUGGGUCGUAUUUACUCACCUGGAUUCCCAUUUGGCUACAACCCUAGUUUAACAUGCAGUGUUACAAUAGUGAUUCCUGAAGACAAAUCCUUGGAAGUUUUCCUUAACUUUAUUGACAUAUAUAGGUAUUAUUAUUACUACGAUGGGUGUCGUGACGAAGAGUUGAUCAUCUCGGAUGGAACAUAUUCUAAUUCUACAUGUGGAAAGUCAUUUGUUAAUAGUCCUCCAAUUUUCUUUACUAAAGAAAAUAUUAAUGUCAGUUUUCGUUCUUCUUACUGGCGAAACAGCUUAUCAGGGUUUUUGUUGACAUUUAGAGUUGUUGAUGCAAUGGAUAUUCAAUGUACAUUUGAAAACGACCUGUGCAAUUUUACAAAGAUCGGAGGGUGGCAACGAGUUUCUGGAUCAUAUUUGGGUAACUUGUCAAUUGUCGAUCAUACUAUUGGCAAUGCCUAUGGUCACUUUGUCACUAUGGAAACAACUAGUCUUGAACGUCAGAAAAAUGGAACUGUUAAAAGGAACCUCCCUGCACAUGGCAAUUUAGCGUGCUUGACCUACUGGUAUCGAAGCUUUGGUUACACAUCAAACAUUUUGAAGGUUUUUGUCAUCGGAAAUGGGAAAGAACUUGCCUUAGAGAAAAAGUUGUUGGGCAUAGAAACAUCUUGGAAAAAAGGCAACUUGACGAUUUAUGUAAACCAUAGUCGUUUUUCUAUAAUUUUUGAAGCUAUGGUAAAUUCAUAUCCUGGUUAUAUUGCUUUGGAUGAUAUUUUUGUUGACGUUGGCGAAUGCCUCAAUCCCGGUGACUGUAACUUUGAAAACGGAAUUGGUAACUCAAAUUGCCGGUGGAAAAAUGUUGGAUUUCCCCUUGAUAAUUUUGAUUGGAUUGUCCAUUCUGGCUCCACACCAUACUAUGGUAGUGGUCCCAACUUUGACAGAAAAGGGUCCACAAUCGGAAAGUACAUUUAUAUGGGAAGAUAUUAUGGAUCUAUGGGUUCUAAAAGCUGGUUGGUUAGCGACUAUUUCAAUACAUCAGCAAAGUGUUUUACGUUCUGGUAUCAUAUGUAUGGAUCAACUGUUGGUUCCCUCAAUAUAUACGAACAAUCUAUUGGAGAAGAAAUGAAACCUGUAUGGACUUUGAGUGGUAACAAAGGAAAUGUCUGGAUCAGGGGGCAAGUAACAGUGAAUUUUGGUGUUAGAUUGAAAUCUAGGAUAAUCGUCGAAGGAGUUAGAGGAUUUACUAGCUCUAGUUAUAUCGCUCUUGACGACUUUAAAUUUUUUGAUGGACCUUGUGAUAUUCUUCCGCUUAAUGCAACACCUCCACAUUUUGGCAUCCCAAUCAACAUUUGUCCAACACGAACUAUUACACUGUCUAAAGGACAUAUUGUGUCACCAAAUUACUAUCCAUACUAUUCGCUCCACGCACGUUGCACAUUGACAAUCAAACAACCGCUUAACACAGUCCUCAACUUUAGUUUUUCGUACAUCUCUCUUGACUCCUUCGUAAGCGGUCAUCAAAAACGAUGCCGUGAUUCUCUCACUAUAUCUGGUGGAACUUCAAAACAAUUUUGUAAUAACAAGAGCUCCGUGACAUUUUCACCUUACACUAGUGUUGCGGUUUUGACUUUUAACGCUCAUUUGAAUCAACGUUAUAAAGGCUUUGCUCUUGAAUUUACAUCAACGAGAAAUAAUAACCCACCACCUGCAUUCAGUGUUUGUUACAAUAAGACAAUAUACAGUGCUGUGGGUCGUAUUUACUCACCUGGAUUCCCCUUUGGCUACAGCCGUAGUUUAAGAUGCAGUGUUACUAUAAUGAUUCCUGAAGACAAAUCCUUGGAAGUUGUUCUUAACUAUAUUGACAUAAAUAGGUAUUAUUAUUACUACAAUGGAUGCCCGAACGAAGAGUUGAUCAUCUCAGAUGGAACAUAUUCUAAUUCUACAUGUGGAAAGUCAUUUGUUAAUAGUCCUCCAAUUUUCUUUACUAAAGAAAAUAUUAAUGUCAGUUUUCAUUCUUAUUACUGGAGCAACAGCUUAUCAGGGUUUUUGUUGACAUUUAGAGUUGUUGAUGCAAUGGAUAUUCAAUGUACAUUUGAAAAUGACUUGUGCAAUUUUACAAAGAUCGGAGGGUGGCAACGAGUUUCUGGACCAUAUUUGGGUAACUUGUCAAUUGUCGAUCAUUCUAUUGGCGAUGCCUAUGGUUAUUUUGUCGCUAUGGAAACAUCUAAUCUUGAACGUCAGAAAACUGGAACUAUUAAAAGGAGCUUCACUGCAAAUGGCAAUUUAGCGUGCUUGACGUUCUGGUAUCAAAGCUUGGGUUACACAUCAAACGUUUUGAAGGUUUAUGUCAUGGCUAAUGGGAAAACAAUUUCUUUGUGGAGUAGAUCAUUGGGCAUAUUAUCAUCUUGGAAAAAAGGCAACUUAACAAUUCAAUUAAGCCACGAACGUUUCUCCAUAAUUUUUGAAGCUAUGGUGAAUUCAUAUCCUGGUUAUAUAGCUUUAGAUGACGUAUUUGUGGAUAUGGGUGAAUGCAACAAUCCCGGUGAUUGUAGCUUUGAAAGCGGAAUUAAUAAUAUAAAAUGCCUUUGGAGAAAUGUUGUUUUCCCGCUUGAUAAUUAUGAUUGGACUGUUCAUUCUGGCUCCUCGCGUUAUUAUGGUUAUGGUCCAAGUUUUGACAGAAAUGGAUCCACCACAGGAAAAUACAUUUACAUGGAUGGAUAUUAUGGAUACUAUAAUUCUAAAAGCUGGUUGGUUAGCAACUUCUUUAAUACAUCAACCAAGUGUUUCACUUUCUGGUAUUAUAUGUAUGGAUUGAAUAUUGGUUCCCUUAAUAUUUACGAACAAUCUAUGGGAACAGAAAUAAGACCUUUGUGGACUUUGAGGGGUAAUAAAGGAAACUUGUGGCACCAAGGUCAUGUAACAGUCAACUUUACAAAUGGGCAACAAAUCAGAAUCAUUGUUGAAGGUGCUCAUGGGUGGAGUCAUUGGUAUCAUUAUGGGGGCAUAGCCCUUGAUGAUUUUAAGUUUGCAGAUGGACCUUGUGAUAUAAUUCCGCAAACAGCCAAACCUUCGCGUUUUGGUAUCCCAAUCAACAUUUGUCCAACAAGAAGUAUAACGCUGUCUAAAGGUCAUAUUGAUACAAUAAAUUACAACCGGGUUAACUACGUCCGCAAAAGUUGUUCAUUGACGAUCAGGCAACCACUUAAUAGAGUGUUCAACUUUACUUUUUCUCAUAUUUCUCUCAACCACUUUGUACAUGAUAAUCAAACAAGAUGCAUUGGUUCUCUCACUAUAUCUGGUGGAACUUCAAAACAGUUUUGCACGAACACGACAUCCAUGACAUUUUCACCUUACACCAAUAUUGUGGUUUUGACUUUUAACGCUUAUUUGAAUCGCCUUUUUAAAGGUUUUAGUCUUAAAUUUGAAUCAACAAAAAGCAAUAACUUACCACCUGCGUUCAGUGUUUGUUCUAACAAUACAAUUUCAAACAAUGUCGGUCGUAUUCAUUCACCUGGUUUUCCUUUUGGAUACAAAACUGAAACAAGAUGUAGUGUUGCAGUUGCAAUUCCCACUGGCAAGUGGUUGGAAAUUGUGGUUAACUUUAUUGACUUAAGAGAAAAUUUAUUUGGUUGUGUUCAAGAUGAGUUGUUAAUAACGGAUGGACGAACUUCAACCUCUACAUGUCAAAAAUCGCUUGUAAAUGGACGUCCACUUUUCUUCAACAACAACAAAGUUAAUGUCAGUUUUCGUUCCUCUUAUUCGACAAGCAGCAGAUCUGGGUUUUUACUAACCUUCAGAGUCCUUAAUUAUACAGGUUUUGGCAUCCCAAUCAACAUUUGUCCAAAAAGAACUAUAACGCUGUCUAAAGGACAUAUUGUGUCAGCAAAUAACUACUUCUACGAAAGUUGUUCGUUGACGAUCAGGCAACCACUCAAAAGAGUGUUCAACUUUACUUUUUCUCAUAUUUCUCUCGACUACUUUGUACAGGAUAAUCAAACAAGAUGCAUUGGUUCUCUCACUAUUUCUGGUGGAACUUCAAAACAGUUUUGCACGAACACGACAUCCAUGACAUUUUCACCUUACACCAAUAUUGUGGUUUUGACUUUUAACGCUUAUUUGAAUCGCCUUUUUAAAGGUUUUAGUCUUAAAUUUGAAUCAACAAAAAGCAAUAACUUACCACCUGCGUUCAGUGUUUGUUCUAACAAUACAAUUUCAAACAAUGUCGGUCGUAUUCAUUCACCUGGUUUUCCUUUUGGAUACAAAACUGAAACAAGAUGUAGUGUUGCAGUUGCAAUUCCCACUGGCAAGUGGUUGGAAAUUGUGGUUAACUUUAUUGACUUAAGAGAAAAUCCAUUUGGUUGUGUUCUUGAUGAGUUGUUAAUCACUGAUGGACGAACUUCAACUUCUACAUGUGGAAAAUCGUUUGUAAAUGGACGUCCACUUUUCUUCAACAACAACAAAGUUAAUGUCAGUUUUCGUUCCUCUUAUUCGACAAGCAGCAGAUCUGGGUUUUUACUAACCUUCAGAGUCCUUAAUUAUACAGGUUUUGGUAUCCCAAUCAACAUUUGUCGAACAAGAACUAUAACGCAGUCUAAAGGUCAUAUUGUGUUACCAAAUAACUACUUCUACAAACGUUGUUCGUUGACGAUCAGGCAACCACUUAAUAGAGUGUUCAACUUUACUUUUUCUCAUAUUUCUCUCGACUACUUUGUACAGGAUAAUCAAACAAGAUGCAUCGAUUCUCUCACUAUAUCUGGUGGAACUUCAAAGCAAUUUUGUACCAGCACGAAAUCCAUGACAUUUUCACCUUACACCAAUAUUGUGGUUUUGACUUUUAACGCUUAUUUGAAUCGCCUUUCUAAAGGCUUUAGUCUUAAAUUUGAAUCAACAAAAAGUAAUAAUUUACCGCCUGCGUUCAGUGUUUGUUCUAACAAUACAAUUUCAAACAAUGUCGGUCGUAUUCAUUCACCUGGCUUUCCUUUUGGAUACAAAACUGAAACAAGAUGUAGUGUUGCAGUUGCAAUUCCCACUGGCAAGUGGUUGGAAAUUGUGGUUAACUUUAUUGACAUAAGAGAAAAUUCAUUUGGUUGUGUUCUUGAUGAGUUGUUAAUCACUGAUGGAAGAACUUCAAACUCUACAUGUGGAAAAUCGAUUGUAAAUGGAAGUCCACUUUUCUUCAACAACAACAAAGUUAAUGUCAGCUUUCGUUCCUCUUAUUUGCCAAGCAGCAGUUCUGGGUUUUUACUGACCUUCAGAGUCUUUAAUUAUACAGAAAUCCCCAAUGCAUAUAUUUUGAUCACUGUAACACUGAGCAAGACGUAUACUGAGUCCCUUAAUGAUUUAACAUCAAAAGAUAGUCAAGCCCUCAUCAAUGAACUUAAAGCUUAUCUUCGUGAAAACUAUUCUAACGUUCCUCAAUAUCGUGGCUUUAACGUCAUAGAAUUCAAGCGUGGAAGUGUUAUUGUUGAUGGUGAACUCGUAUUUGUGAAAGAUUCAGAAAACACUAUUAUGCCUGUUUUGAGAGAUAUUAACAAGUCUGGCAAUCUUGCAAAUUAUUCUUUUCAACCUGGAUCGUUAUUGCAUCGUAAUCUACCACCAUUUUCAAACAUUACAAUGAACAAGAUCACCGGUGGUUAUGCACGAUAUGAGCUUGAACUGAGUUGUGAAGUUAUUGGCCCAUCACUACCAAUAUUUGAAUGGCGAAACGGGAGUAAAACACUGUCGCUAUCAAGCCGAGUUCGAGUUGAAACUAAAAAUAAAGUAUCAAGACUGUUUGUUCGAAAAAGUGAAAAAUCUGAUUCUGGAGUGUACAGAUGUAUAGUAAGGAAAGGUGAAGACCGUAUUAGUCAUUCAAUGUACAUCAAAAUUCGAGCUCCUCCAGUCGUCACUGUUUCUCCACUUUCAUUAACUGUCACUAAAGGCAACUCCGUAACACUGUUUUGUAAUGUGCUAUCUGGUUAUGAAGAAGAUAUAAGCAUCCUGUGGUUUAAUAGUUCUUCUCCUUACAAACACAUGCAAAGCGGACGGCAGCUGGAUCUUACAAAUCUUAUUCACCUGGGGAACAAGCAGAGAGUCACUUUUCAGUAUUGGUGUAACGCUACUAACUCAGAUGGUACAACUCGUAGUAAGAUUGUGACAGUUGUUGUAGUGUCAAAAGGUUUCAAUCAAUUCUGUUCAGCUGAAUCAUCUGGUGGUUACGCUUGGAACAGAACUGCAGUGGAUAUAAACGUCGUUCAAAAUUGUCUUUCAGGAAAACAAGGAUAUGUCUAUCGGUUAUGCUCAAAGAAUGCUGAUGGCAAAGCGAACUGGGGAUUCGUCAAUAAUUCAGGCUGUCGCUCUGUAGAUGUUAUUGAGCUUGUUGACCAGGUAAAGAGGUUAGACAGCGGAUUUGCUUCAAAUAAUGUGAGCGAAAUUAUACAGAAAACUGAGAAAAUUACAAAGGAUGAAGAACUCUUUGAACAAGAUGUUGAGGAUAUUGUAUUUGUUUUGGAGAAGACACAAACAAAAACGGCAACGCAAAGCGACCGUCAGAAUUUUAUCCGAUCUUCAAGUAACAUCGUCAAGAAUGAGAAAAAGGAUGUUUGGAUCAAUAUACCAAAUAGAAACAAGCUUGUCAGAAAAAUUAUUAGUGGUGCAGAUUUGAAUGCAAGGAAAUUUGUCGCUAUGAGUAACGAAAAUGGGAUCGUAACUUUCUCCACUCAAAAUAUCCAAGUGCUUGGAAUAAAACUACCAGAAAACCCACCCUCUGAAACCAUUCGUUUGCUAGACAUCGCAGGUGGUGGAGGCGUUGUUAUUCCUGGAACAGUGGCCAUUGACAUCAGUCAAGCAACUGUUAUUAAAUACUCAACAAUCAAAAAUAUUUUGUCUCCUAAAGAGCUCCAAAAGUCUGUGGAUAACAAGACGAUAAAAGCAAGCAUAAAUUUAACUAUUCAGAGCACAAUAGUUUCCUUUAGCACCACACCGGAACUUAAAAAUAUAAGUCAACCAAUCAAGAUAGUCUUACAAAAUAAUCAGAGUGGCUUCGUUGACCCUAAUAGGACAUGUGUGUUCACUGAGCCCCAAGUAACCAAUAGUGAAUGGAGUGGAGAAGGAUGUGUAUUAAAUGAAAUUGAAUCAUCGAAAGAAAAUGUCACAUGUGCUUGUGAUCAUAAUACUGCCUUUGCUAUCAUGAUGGAUGUCUCUGGAGUAAAGUUGACGGAAACAGAUAGUAAUGUUCUUGAACUUAUCUCAACAAUCGGUUGUUCCAUAUCGUUGAUGGGUGUUAUUUUAACGAUACUAAUGCAUAUUUGUUUCUGGAAGAAAAUGAAGUUUCUUCAAGCUAUUGUGCUCAUUAAUUUGUGUGUGGCUAUUAGUUUCACAGACAUCUUUGCUAUUCUUGAAGGAGUUGCAAGAGAUAAUUCGGAUUUCUGUAAAGCGGUUGCAGCUAGUCUUCACUUCUUUGUACUGUCUGUGUUUGGGUGGAUGUUGUGCGAAGGAAUACUUCUUAACAUCUUGCUUAUUAACCCAAAACGUUAUGACGCUCAUGGAAAAUAUUGCAAGAUUUUCUGUUUCAUUGGCUGGGGAAUUCCAUCACUUGUUGUUUCCAUAUCAUUUGGUGUUACUGAAGGAGUUGGUUACGGUGGUAAAUCAUUCUGCUGGCUAGAAGAUAAAUUGAUUUGGGCGUUUUUUGUGCCUGCAAUUCUUAUUUUCAUGGUUAACACGGUCGUUUUCAUCAUGGUAAUGCCCAAAUUGAUCAACUCACAAAAUGAUCAACAACAAGAUAACAUGCACAAAGUAAAAAUUGGAGUUAAAAAGGCAAUGGUUUUGCUUCCUGUUCUUGGGUUGACAUGGGUCUUCGGUUUGAUGACGUUCAAUCACGAGACAAUGAUUUUCCGUUAUCUUUUCGCUAUUCUUAAUUCCACUCAAGGAUUGCUGAUCUUUCUUUUCCACUGCGUUCAAGAUGAACAGAUGAGGAAACUCGUUAAAAAUAGAACUAAGAGCACUUUCUCUUCAAGUGCAGGAAAUAAAGGCUCGUCUGCUUCUCAGGGAAUGUUUUCAAAUUCAACGACUAAUCUAAAAUCGGCAAGAAAGAAUAGCAACUUGAAUGGAGAGGAAAAUGAGUGGCAGUCACAAAGUAUACAUUCUACAACUUCCUUGCAAGGAAAAACACAUAAUACUUUCAAGUCAUCUCAGCCUCGAGACAGUCCGGAAUUUGAAAUGCUAUCCAAGAAUACCGUUUAACAAAAUGGAUCAUCGUGUGACCAUGCAAAAUCUCCAAAAAGUUUCGUCGUUUUACCUCAAUAUUAUAAUUAUAUCAUUCUUAACAGCACAUACACAAGGAACAGUAAAUAUUUUAAAUGGCACCCUUGUAAGUCAUGACAAGUAUACGAUAUAUGUAACGUCGUAUAGUUUAUUUGUUGACAUUUAUAAGUAAGUAUCUACGUAUAAGAAUUUAGCAUUGCACAUUACUUUGUCUGAAUUACAUUACUGUCUUUAUAAGUUAUUUAGUUAAAUACACCUAUUCAUGUUUUGAACAAAAAAUGAUUCUUAUUUAUUUUUUAGCUAAACUGGAAUUUUUGAAAUCCUUUUGAGAUUUCCGUUAAAAAAUUGCUUGUAUUCACAUUAUAUAACUAUUGCGCGUGAUUA